AUGAUUUCUACUUCGACGCGAGAAAAGGCCAAGGCUACUAAGGCCUAUCUUGAACAAAAGUAUGCAACUAUGAAACGUGAGCGUGAAGAAAGCCGAGAACGUCGUAAUAAAUUGGAGGAACAGAUGGCGGCCAUGCGUCUUACGGAGCGAAAGAAGGAACAAUACCGUCAAGAACUUCGCUCGAAGGAAUUACAAAGUCUACGUCAUCAACGCAAACGUCUUGCAGUUGGAGAUUUUCAGCCACUUGCUGUGAUUGGACGUGGAGCUUUUGGAGAAGUUCGACUUGUCAAAAAGAGAGACAGUGGGGAAAUUUUUGCACUCAAGUCGUUGGAAAAGAGUGCCAUGGUACUCAAGAAUCAGGUCGGCCACGUCAAAGCUGAGCGAGACAUCUUGGCUAGUGCGGACCAGGAUAAUAAUUGGCUCGUGACAUUGCAUUAUUCGUUCCAGGAUGACCAUAGACUCUAUAUGAUUAUGGAAUAUUUACCUGGAGGAGAUCUCAUGGGUUUAUUAAUGAAGGAAGACACACUUAAUGAAGCCACGACACGCUUUUACGCGGCAGAAAUGGUGCUGGCAAUCCAGUCUGUGCACGAUCUUGGUUACAUUCAUCGUGACAUGAAACCGGACAAUGUGCUAUUGGAUGCUCAUGGACAUUUGAAGCUGACCGACCUCGGACUUUGCAAAAAAAUGGACUCGCGCGUAGAUUUGCUACCGGUUUCGCAACAUGCGAUGAACUCAGAGCAAGCUGCAGCGGCUGCAGCUGCUGCAGCAACGAGAGGAGGGGGUGGUGGAAACAGCGUGGACGCAUCACGCAGCAAACCCUUUUCACGUAACAGACAGGUUGCAUUUAGUACAGUUGGCACACCCGACUACAUUGCACCUGAAGUACUGGCACAGAAGGGGUAUGGGAAGGAGUGCGACUGGUGGUCCAUGGGUGUGAUUCUGUACGAAUGCUUGGUAGGCUACCCACCGUUCUACGCGGACGAGCCAGUGCAGACGUGCCGCAAGAUUGUCAAUUGGAAGCAGUCGUUUGGAUUCCCUCCCGAGGCAAUUGCCCGACUGAGCCCGCAGUGUAUGGACUUUGUCCGAAGACUUAUUUGCAAUGCAGAGAACCGACUGGGAACAGGAUCUGUCGAGGAGAUCAAGCGGCACCCGUGGUUCAACGGUGUAGAUUGGGCUACACUGCGCUCUAUUCAAGCUCCAUAUGUUCCGAUGGGUGGCGGCUCGCAGUUUGACUACUUGUUGGACCAGUUGCAGGUGAAUGACCCCGACCAGUCCGGUCCACAAUACCAAGAGCUUGUUCGUCAGGCAACGUCAAACUUCGACAAGUUCACAGAGCCAUGCGAGUUGCCAGUACCGGUCCAGGCAUUGGCGAUGGGCCAAGCACCCGCUAUCGCGCCAAUGGGCAUAGCACGCGGCAAUAAUGUCAUGACAAGUGAUACCAACAUAGGCGAGCUGCCGCAAGCGUUCGGCCCGGACGGCAAGCCAUUGACCUUUAACAAAUUCAUUGGCUACACAUACAAGCGGAAGCCGCCGGUUCGCAUGGCACUGAAUGACGGGUUGUUUGACAACGGUAGCGUGGGGACAGCGUCUAUCUCUGUAGAGCCCGGUAUUGGCUCGGGGUCGCUGCACUCGGCCACAUUACCCAACAGCUAUGAGAGCCACGGUGCUGGGUAUUCUUCCGCCAACGCGACAUCCAGCUCUGAUAGGGCAGCCUCUGAUAUAGGUAGUAUUCAUUACAAGUGA